UUCUAAUGCUACAUUCAUGAUCUUGCCAUGUUAGACAAUGUACAAAAAUCUAUCAUAUCUUCGGACACAUAUUUCACAUGUACUUAUUCUUGUACCGGAAGGGAUAGUGAAUAAUUGCACGUAGAGUCCUCGCGAGGUUUAGCUACUUUAGGGUUAUAACUUAUAAGUACAGAAGACGGAUUAAAAGGAUUCUAGGUAGAUAAGGUUAUUGAUAAAAGGAGCACCAUAGAUUAGUAUGGGUAAUGAGGAAAGGGGGCCUGGGGGAUUGAGGAAUUAAUGGGGAUGAAAGACUAAGUAGGGAGGGCCACAAUGUCUUGAAGAGCCAAAACAUUGAGGGCACUAGUCAGGAUCAAGUAAAUCAUCAAAUUGACUUGGAUAGGGGCUAUUUUAACUAAGGGCAAGGGCUUUACAGUAUGGCCAUUGAAAUGGCUACACCUUGAAAUGGAAACUUCCAUUGGCGUACGCUUCCUGGGGCUACCUAGCUAGCUAUGCCGCGUUCUAAACUCAUCUUUCACUAGCAGUAUAUAUCUAUAUUGCUUUCUCCCAUCAUUUAUUUAUUUAAAAUUAAGUCUUGCAUAUACAAUAUCAAAUAUUAGAAUACAAUAUGAUCCUGAUAAGUCUUUCUCCCAACACUCUGAGAUUUCACGAGAACUGGUUGUUUAACAAUAAAGUCCUUGCAAACAUCAUAACGAGCUAGUAACAUGAAUAUAUUGAGUUUCAGAAGAAAUUUUUACGUACAGAGAUUUUUAUUUUGUUAAUAUGGAAAGAAAAAAGGAGGAAAGAUUUUUGGGAAGGGAAGGAAAAAGAGUGGUGACAAGCUAAGCUAGAUGGGUCGUAGGUUGUUGAUGAAGCAAGUGAUGAUUCUAAUGAUUAAGAAGGCAGAUGUAUUUGAUGAUUGACAGGUGUUGCCGCUUAAAGCUCAUCGACAACAAGUAAGAUGGCGGACAAGCGUUUAGAACAUGCAUCAUGCAUAUGGAAAACUACUGGCAGAUUUAGACUGAUAUUCAUUUUUUUCGCGAUUAAACAAAACACAAAACCAUAAUAUUUCUCUUCUGCAUAUUGCAUACUGGUUUUUGUACGUACGUAGCCAAGAAAUUGAGAUUUAUAACUUAACUGAACAAUUUCUGAAAUCCAGAUAUCUGGCCGUGAGAUCUAUUCGAAAACAUGAAUGCAAAGUAGGGAAAUUUGGUAUAAAAUACGAAUGGAUUGAAGCGAAAUAAGGUGCAUGAUGAAUAUGAUACGAGAUUUAAGAUUCAAGAAUCGAAGAAAAUAGAAACCUAUAUGUAGUAGCUCCUUUACUCAACAAUUGAAAAAGAAAUAUUCGAAGUAUCAGAAAUAUUCAAAUAGGCAUAAAUUCAAUAAUAUGAUUGAAUCUGCAUGCAUGUACGUACCUGUUUCCCCACUUAGCAUGAAGUUCCAUGAUCAACAGCUGUUCUUCCGGCGUGAUAUUCCCCCUCCUCACAUCAGGACGCAGGUAGUUCAGCCACCGGAGCCUGCAGCUCUUCCCGAUUUAGCAAGGGAAUUCCAGACACCUUCCCCAUGAUUCGCGAUGUAAUUGAUCAGAAUCAGAUCCUCUUCCAUAGUCCAAGGCCCCUUCCUCACUUCCACAUCCAACUGCUGCUGCUGCUGCUGCUGAGCUUUCCGGUCCAUUUUCGAAACAGAGUAGACAGGAGGGUGUAAUUAAGCUAGGUAGCUGGGGUGUGGAAGAAUCAGUAAUAGUAUGAAUAUGUAUAUUCAUAAGAUGAUACUAUUUGUGUAAGUUGAAGAGAGGAUGGAGUUGGCCUUGGCUUUUAUAAAGAUGUCUUAAGUUACCAUUUACUCACUAAUUAAGUUGCUAAACACGUAUUAACAAAGGACGUAAGACACCUUCUAACCUAACUUGCCCCUAACUAGCAUCAUUCGAUUACUAAUUUCUUUUGCGUUACUUUUUAUUUUCUUUUUCUGGAAACUUGAAUAUUUGAUUCUCGUAUGUGUAAAAAGGUUUGAGAAUAUGGAGGAGACCCCAGCGAUCAUGUAUAGAUGAGCU